CCUCGUGGCCUCCCACGCCCCGCAUUCCCCCCUCCCCCAGAUCCGGCCCCCCGACGCCGCCGGCCGAUGGCCGCGGACGCCGCCGCCGCCGCCGCGGGGCCCCGCCGGUGGCGCUGCGAGGAGGAGGAGCGGCAGCCGCACCGCCUCUCGGCCGCCGCGGCGGCCGACGACCGCUUCGACGGCCUCCCCGACCCGCUGCUCCUCCUCAUCUUCAACCGCAUCGGCGACGUCAAGGCGCUCGGCCGCUGCGCGCUCGUCUCCCGCCGCUUCCACGCCCUCGUGCCCCUCGUCGACUCCGUGCUCGUCCGCGUCGACUGCGUCAUCCCCGACGACCCCGCCUCCUCCGCCUCGGGCUCCCCGUCCUCCUCCGCGCCCUCCUCCCCCACCGCCUCCGCCUCCGCCCGCGCGCGCGGCGUCUUCUCCCAGAUCGCGCGCAUGCUCAUCGGCGGCAUCGUCAAGCCCAUCCAGGCGCUCGGCCAGAUCCUCUCCCACGCCGGCUCCGCCUCCGACUUCCCGGCCUCCGCCUCCCUCUCCUCCUUCCGCCGCUCCGCCGCCUCCUCGCUCUCGUCCUCGGCGUCGGCGCCCCCCGGCGACGUCUCGCACCACUCGCCCUCCGAGGUGCUCCGCUCCUUCAAGGAGCUCCGCAGCCUGCGCAUCGAGCUCCCCGCCGGCGAGCUCGGCAUGGACGACGGCGUGCUGCUCAAGUGGAAGGCCGACUUCGGCUCCACGCUCGGCAGCUGCGUCAUCCUCGGCGCCGCCUCCGCCUCCGCCUCGCCCUCCUCUGCCGCCAAGGACGGCGCCACUGCCGCACCUCCUCCUGCGACCGCUGAUUGUGCCGAGUCUGACGAUUCAGGGAGCAUACCGGAGUCCUUCUACACCAACGGGGGGCUUAAGCUGCGGGUGCUAUGGACCAUCAGCUCGCUGAUUGCGGCGUCGGCCCGGCAUUACCUGCUGCAGCCCAUCAUUUCCGACCACGCGUUGCUGGAGAGCCUGGAUCUGACGGACGCCGAUGGGCAGGGCGUGCUCACCAUGGACAAGUGGCAACUGCAGGAGCUACGGGUCAGGCCAGUAUCAGCGUCUGGUGACUCGCACCGCACGCUCAUGCCGGCCCUUAGCAUGCGGUUGUGGUAUGCGCCACACAUUGAGCUGCCUGGGGGCACGGUCUUGAAUGGAGCAACACUGGUGGCCAUCAAGCCGAGCGAAGAGGCAAUGAUGGAUGCAGUUGGGAAUGCAACUGCUGGGUCAGCAGGUGGAUCCUGGGUUUCAGAUGCUUUUGAGGAGCCAUAUCGGACGGCCGUCGGUGUGCUUCUCAAGCGGAGGAUGUAUAGCCUUGAGAUGAACUCAUUCUAAGCUAUGGAGGGAGUGCCAUUCCAGAAGUUUCAUCUGUGAGAGGUUUAUUCUGUUCUCUCACGAGAUGCAACUCGAAGCACAAUGUAACUUAAGCAAUGGAGUCGAAGUUCUCUGGCUGCCUAUUUUACUCCAGCCUGCACCUACCUGAGAAACCCGGACAAGUAGUUAGUAAUGUAUGAACGUGGAGAAAAGCUAUGUGCAUCCUUCGGGUCUGUUCGGAACCUCUCAACUCGUCGAUGUUGGAGCUGCUAGACAAGUCAUCGUUGAGCCUGCUGGCGGCCGUCCCUCCACUUGCCUACGUCGGAUGUGGCGGCAUUACGGGUAGAUCUUCGUUGUAUGUAUGGAUCCUCGUGAAGCUGGUGCUAACACCAUGUCGAUUUCUCGCUUCGGAUUGUAGCUCUUUUUGGAAAGGAAGUUUGCAGCGUUCUGUAGCAUGAGAUGUACAUGAGUAUCUGCAAGUUCGUUUCUAGUCUGAACUUGCAGACCCUCCGUAAAUGUUUACUUCGAAACAAGGGCUAAUGUAGUGGUACAAUGCUGUGUGUUGAGUGCUGAAGCAUUUCUGUGUC